AUGAGCGGAGGACAGUGCACUGAUCCACCCCACGGUGGAUGGGAUCCCAACCCAAAUGAUGCAGAGGCACAUGUCCAUUGGCUUGCUCGCCAGAACUUUCCUCCCCCCAAGCGCAACGAGGAGUUGGCAAAAGUUAUGCACAUGGAACCCAAUUCGAACAAUGCCAAUAACGUCCAGAAACUCAUCACUUACCCACCACUCCGGGACGCAUUUCACCACAUCUCAACCGUCUACAUCCAAGACAAGUGGAAGUCGCGCCCUCCCGGGUUUCGAAUCACGGACAAGCUGGUCACUAAAGCACUCAGCAUUCAAUUAGUGCCAGGGCACCACGAGAGAUACGCUCAUGACUAUACACAGGACUGGGCGGGGAGCGGACCUGCUGCAGACGAUUGGUCGGCUGAGGACCACUACACCCAGCACAUCUGCCGUCUGCUGCGCUAUCUGGAACGCCAUAACCCGCCAUAUUUGGAGUGGCUUACAAGCGAACCUCACGAGAAACAGGUCUGGAUACUCUACCACAUCAUUCUAUUUCUCCAUAUGGAGAAGAAGUAUCGAUGGUGGAGAGUACGCCGCUGGUAUGAGAGCACCUGGGCCACCAUCACCUUGCAGGUGCCCAAGAAGCUGAGUCCUUACCACUACCACAACCGUCUUGCUGAUCUCCAGUAUUCGAGAGUUGUGCGGUUGGCUCGCCGCAAGCUGGUUGCGUCGGAGUGA